AUGGCCGAGAUACCUAUGUACCUGCGUUUAGACGCCGAGGCCGAGCGCCAGAUAGCCCCUCUGGCCAAAUAUACGCAAUCAACGUGGUAUCCGCCAGCUUCGAGCAUAUUCACGAUGUAUCGCCGAAAAGCCAAAGGAAAUCAGAAUCCGACUCCUUCGAAUUCCUCAAGAGCAAAUACACCUUCUCAUGACCCAGACAUUGCUUAUCAGCGAACACGGGAUACCCUCAUCGAGGCUGUCAAGCUUGUCAAGGCGGGGACCGAGGCUACUUCAUUUCUGGGACCUCUCAAAGCAGUUUGCGAGAUUUCCCUUCUAUUCCUUGAGACAACCAGGAGUGUAAACGAGAACACCAAAGGACUCAAAAUACUCAGGGAUAAUCUUGUAUCACAUAUAUCCAUCUUGGAUGAAGGAUAUCUCCAAGCUGUCGAGGACGGACGUAUGGACCAGAUGCCCGCCGCGCUCAAGGAUUUCAACAAUGCAUCGAGAGAUUACAUCGUCGCUCUGAAGGGCACACUCUCCAAAAUGGAUGAGUUGAAGCACGGCAGAGAUCAAGGCGUCAAAGGAUUUUUCAGAAAGAUCACGGAUGCCAAGAUCGACACCGGAAAUAUUGCAGAAUACAAACAGGAAAUCUUACAAGCUACGCGCGUAUUCGAGGAUACGACCAAGCUCUGUCAAAUUCAGCUACAAGCAGAAGUGUGGAAAGUAGCCCAACUCGGGCCCGAGAAGCCUCGUCCGAUGGGUACUCAGCAUAAGACGUGUCUACCGGGCACACGCGUACCGAUUCUGCAGGAGAUUCGGCAAUGGCGUCUGGAUUCCAACGCGGACAAGCGCAUCUUUUGGCUCUGCGACGUUGGCGGGUCUGGAAAGUCCACGGUCACAUUGACGAUGUGCGAGGAAUGGGAUAAUACAGAAGAUGUUCUAGUUGGUCGGUUCUUCUUUUCGAAGAAUGCUCGGCAGACAUCAGAGACGGAUGAUUUCUGCUCCGUCAUCGCAGGUGAUAUUGGACUGCGCCAUCAGUUCACCAAACUCAUCGAAGAACCAUUGCAACUUGCAGGGACAGAUAUUGUCCUUGUGAUCGAUGCAAUGGAUGAGUGCAAGGAGGAGAUGCGGGGAGAAUUGAUCAAACUACUGGUUGAGAAGCUUUCAUCAAUGCCUAAACUCAAACUCUUUAUAACGAGCCGGCCAGAGCCAGACAUCACGGCGAUACUUCAGGGUAGAGCGAUCGUACGCGGAAUGCAUUUCAAGAUGCACGGCAAAGAGCAGCAGUCCAACUUGGAUGAUAUUAGGGCCUACGUCGAUGUCCAUCUCGUCAACCUGCUUACCGAGCCUCAGCGCUGGCAGAUUGUAGAACGCUCGAAUGGACUUUUCAUCUGGAUCACGACAGCACAUCUUGAGCUACGACAGGCUCAAGGUCCGGCCGCAGUUGGCGCGACUCUCAAAUCACUCUUGACGCGAGGCGAGGGCGGCGAUAUUAACCAGGUCUAUACAAGCAUCCUUCGUCGACUACGACGAGAGCCGUCCAGCGGUAGCAUACACAAGGUUAUGGGCACUAUCCUAACCUUGUUCGAGCCAGUGUCAACAGAUGCUCUGGAGGAGAUAACUGGGAUUGCAGCCUCUGAGCUAAGACUGAUCUUAGGGUCGAUGCAGAGUGUAUUUCGGGUGGAGAGUGUGGUAGAGUUUCUACAUCCGACGUUUCGAGAAUACCUUCUCAGUCCAUACAAUGUGGAUAUACCAUUCGACUCAACAGCAAUGCAAUCAGACUUGGCCAUAUCUGUCCUCACAGUGCUUCAGAGGGAUCUGAAGGAGGAUAUUUGCGGCAUUUCCGUGCUGAAUGAACCUUACCCAAGGAACACGGACGUCAUGGAUCUGGAUAAACGUCUGGAACGAUUAUGGACAAGUUGUCCGGCACUACCUUAUGCGGCAAAGUACUGGGGCUAUCAUGUGUCUACUGUCGUAACAGAGAAACAGGUGGCCCAGAUGCUGCGGAUGUUUUUAGAAAGUGGAAUUCUCUACCUUGUAGAGCUGUUAAGCUUGAUGGGUCGCUUGCAUCUUAUUCGAAAUUUCGAAGAAGUUCGGCAAAGUUGUGAAUACCAAGGGUUGGUUGAUGAUGUCGAGGUAUGCCAUGAUACAGUUAGACUUGUCCAGAGGCAUCAAGAAACACUAGAGAAGAGUGCACUGGAUAUCUACUCAUCAGGGCUACUAUUCCUCCCUCGAAAGUCACAACUGUGGACGAUAUACAAGAGCAGGUUUUCAGAUCGACUACCAAGAAUCAUUGGAGGACCAUCAGUGCAUUGGCCCUCACACCAGACUUUGACUGGACAUACCAAUACUAUCCAGUGUCUGGCCUUCUCGCCAGAUGGGCGCCGUCUUGCAUCUGGAUCUGGGGAUCGCACUGUACGCCUGUGGGAUGGGACCACCGGUGCAAGCCUUGGGACGCUUGAGGGACAUACCAAGUGGGUCCAGUGUCUGGCCUUCUCGCCAGAUGGGCGCCGUCUUGCAUCUGGAUCUGGGGAUCGCACUGUACGCCUGUGGGAUGGGACCACCGGUGCAAGCCUUGGGACGCUUGAGGGACAUACCGGUACUAUCCAAUGUCUGGCCUUCUCGCCAGAUGGGCGCCGUCUUGCGUCUGGAUCUUGGGACUGCACUGUACGCCUGUGGGAUGGGACCACCGGUGCAAGCCUUGGGACGCUUGAGGGACAUACCGGUACUAUCCAAUGUCUGGCCUUCUCGCCAGAUGGGCGCCGUCUUGCAUCUGGAUCUGGGAUCGCACUCCUUGGGACGCUUGAGGGACAUACCGGUACUAUCCAAUGUCUGGCCUUCUCGCCAGAUGGGCGCCGUCUUGCAUCUGGAUCUCGGGAUGCACUCCUUGGGACGCUUGAGGGACAUACCGGUACUAUCCAGUGUCUGGCCUUCUCGCCAGAUGGGCGCCGUCUUGCGUCUGGAUCUUGGGAUCGCACUGUACGCCUGUGGGAUGGGACCACCGGUGCAAGCCUUGGGACGCUUGAGGGACAUACCGAGUGGGUCGAAUGUCUGGCCUUCUCGCCAGAUGGGCGCCGUCUUGCGUCUGGCUCUCGGGAUGGUACUGUACGCCUGUGGGAUGGGACCACCGGUGCAAGCCUUGGGACGCUUGAGGGACAUACCGGUACUAUCCAGUGUCUGGCCUUCUCGCCAGAUGGGCGCCGUCUUGCGUCUGGAUCUUGGGACUGCACUGUACGCCUGUGGGAUGGGACCACCGGUGCAAGCCUUGGGACGCUUGAGGGACAUACCAAUUGGGUCUUGUGUCUGGCCUUCUCGCCAGAUGGGCGCCGUCUUGCGUCUGGCUCUCGGGAUGGUACUGUACGCCUGUGGGAUGGGACCACCGGUGCAAGCCUUGGGACGCUUGAGGGACAUACCGGUACUAUCCAAUGUCUGGCCUUCUCGCCAGAUGGGCGCCGUCUUGCGUCUGGCUCUCGGGAUGGUACUGUACGCCUGUGGGAUGGGACCACCGAUGGGCGCCGUCUUGCGUCUGGCUCUUGGGAUGGCACUGUACGCCUGUGGGAUGGGACCACCGGUGCAAGCCUUGGGACGCUUGAGGGACAUACUGGGGAGGUCUGGUGUCUGGCCUUCUCGCCAGAUGGGCGCCGUCUUGCGUCUGGCUCUUGGGAUGGUACUGUACGCCUGUGGGAUGGGACCACUGGUGCAAGCCUUGGGACGCUUGAGGGACAUACUGGUACUAUCCAAUGUCUGGCCUUCUCGCCAGAUGGGCGCCGUCUUGCGUCUGGCUCUCGGGAUGAUACUGUACGCCUGUGGGAUGGGACCACUGGUGCAAGCCUUGGGACGCUUGAGGGACAUACUGGUACUAUCCAAUGUCUGGCCUUCUCGCCAGAUGGGCGCCGUCUUGCGUCUGGUUCUGGGGAUUGCACUGUACGCCUGUGGGAUAUUGCCACCCCAGCCAGUUUGGAGCCUCCUUAUGAGCUCAAUCAUGAUCCCAGGCAUUUAUAUUUCUCCCAAGGUGGACAUUUCUUACAUGUGGACAAUGGACCAGUACUCAAUGUCUCCCACAAUCGCCUUCAGUCACUCUCAUCUCCAUGUCUGAGUGUCACGCCCAGCCAUGAGCAUUCCACAGUAGCUGUUGACUACACCAGUCAGGAGCUGUGGUCUGUUUGUUGUCCAUACCGUAGAUAUCAGAUCCCUGAUGAGUUUCGGUUGGUUUGCUCCACCAAAUCCCAAGAUAAAAUCGCCCUAGGUCUGGAGAAUGGACAGGUCAUGGUCAUUGAUUUUGCAAAAUUUUCUGACCCACAUACCCAAUUGUAA